UUGACGACCACCCAGAAUGUCCUAUUUGGGCCGAAGCUGGAGGGUGUGAGAGCAAUCCCACUAUGAUGUUGAAUGAAUGUAAAGAGAGUUGUGAAAUGUGUACAUCGGUAGGAGGUUGUGUCGACUUUUAUCCGGAUUGUGCCUACUGGUCAAGUUUUAGUCAGUGUUGGAGUAAUCCAACAUUUAUGUGGCGUUACUGUCGUCAAUCGUGUGGCCUUUGUGACGAUUGUUCAGAUCGUAAUCGUUUAUGUUCACACUGGGCCAGAAUUGGGCAAUGUGACGUAAACCCGUCAUACAUGGGUAAAAUAUGUCGGAGAAGUUGUGGUAUAUGCACAAGACGAUGUGAAUGUGGGAUUCUGUUGAAUUUCAAACAUAUGGGAGUUAUUUCAAAAUAGUUUGCUUUCUUAUAUGUAAUAGUGGUUUUAUUAAAGUUAAAUAAAGUUUCUUGAAAUAAAUAAAA